GGCAGGCAAGAUGAUGGCAGCUCGCAAGCUUUGGCCGGCUCUGCUGGCAGCAGCAGCGCUCGCUGACGGCGGUGGUCAGUGGAGCGCCGCGCAGAUGCCGGCGGCACCGCGCGAGAGCGGUGGCUGGGUGCUCGUCGAGCGAGGGCUGCAGGGCACAGGGGGCGUGCUCAAGGGUGCUGGAGACAUCGUCUCCCUAGGAGUCGGCGGCACCUUCCGCCUCGCCGGCUCCUUCGUGCGCUUUCUGGGCUCCGGCAUCGAGACGGUCGGCAACGCCGUGGUGUCGGGCGCGGUCAAGUCGGCGGGGGACGGCUUCACGAUGCUGGGCGACACGACGGAGCGCAUCGCCGGCGAGGCGCUCGGCAUCAUGCCCGACGCCGUGGACGUAGUGCAGUCGGGGGUGGGAGCGCUGCGGAAGCGAGUGCGCUUCGACGUCAACGAGGACUCGCGAGAGCUCCUCCAGAUUGCAGAGACGCGAGCGAUGGCGAGCCUGCAGCUGCGGCCCGGCGCGCCGGCCGAGAGCCUCGGCUGGCUGAAUGUGCUGCUGGCGGCGGGCUGGACGGCGACGUGGGGUCCGUACCUCCACGAGACGCUGACCGCGUCGAUCGAGCGCUCGCUCGCGACGCUACCGCUGCCACGCACGCUCUCCUCGAUCGCGCUGACGAGCCUGCAGCCUGUUGUGUCACUGUCAGUCAAGCCACACGUGCUGCACCUGCACGGUCAUCUUACUAAGACAAUGAACGACAAGUGA